AUGAAUUUAUUAGGAAUUGAGGGAAAUAAACUGUCAAGCGAGGAGACGAUGAACGUAUUUACACAAAUAUUGAAUAAAACGAAUAGAGAAAAAAAUGAAGCAACCACAUCGUCAAACAUGCUGAAGUCGAAGCAGUAUUCAUCAGGAUUGAGACAGAAUAGGAACAGAUUGACAGUAAUUGACACGCUGUCAGGAAUGUAUAAGACAGGAGGAGAGCCGCACUUCCCACGCUUCGUGUGCGGAUCAAUAGAUAGGUCACUGGUAGUCAGCUCAGAGACAAUCAGCAUACCGUUUGAAAAGUCAGACAAGAGGAAUGUACACGUACAGUUUGAAAAGUUCGACAGCGGAAACUGCAAAACAUGGCCAAACACAACGAAGCUGCCGCAAAACAUAUCAGAAGGAACGUUCGUGCAAGUGGCGCCACAGAAACACUCGAGCUGCAUGGCAUGGAAGGGAGGAAUUGUGGUGUCAAUAGCAGCAGGACAGCUGAUGAUCAAGGUGCCAGGAGAGUCGAAGGAGAGAAUGUACAUCAUGAGGAACUUCGUGCCGCCAAACGUGCCAAUCGUAAAGCUGGAAAAGGGACAUUGGAGACUGAUGCCGAGAGAGUUGGACGUGACGAGAGACCUGUACGUGGGCUCGUGCCUGUCACUGCUGAACCUGCCGGACCCAGAAGAGUCAGUGGACGUAGUGGUACUGAACAUGUUCUUCUCGAAAGAAAACACGCCAAUCGCACCAGUGAAGCUGCCGUCAGACGAAACGAACUUCCAGCACGAAAGCACGAAAAGAGCGCCGGAAAGUAAGGCUGGUGAAGGAGGGACGAGGCAUCAGAGUAGUAAUCGCAACGAACAGGCACCGAUAGAAGUGGACGGAGGAGAGGAAAAGGUACCAGAGGAAAUCGUGGAAGACAAAGAAGCCUCGGACAUAGAAGCGGGGAUAAAGAAGUCAUACGAAACGGACAUGAGAAUGUGCUCGUGCAGCGGACACACGCUGAGAGUGUUCGAGGGAAGAUGCGCAGGAGUGCCGGAAAGAAUACUGGUGCACAACCUGCAGGACAAGAAGGAGCACGUGCUCACAGUGGCAGACCUGAGAGGAUUUAAGCUUAACUACGACAUACACGCGCACUUUGACGGACCGACAGGAAACGCACAGUUCCCAAACAGCGUCUGGGUGAUCCCGAGGGACAUAUCGUUCCUGGGAGACACGCUGGCGACGAAGGACUCGAACAAGGCAGGCUACGCGUGGCUGUUUAAGCCAGCACACUGCCUGGUGAUGUUCCCGUUCAACAGAACAGUGGACACGCUGCAGGACCUGUUUAGACUAAUCCCAUUCCUGCACCCGGAACUCAACUACCUGGCGCUAUGCGCAGGACUCUGGACGCUGCGCAACAAGCAGGAGGCGCAAGGACACGAGGCACCCUCGUACACGAGGAGCCAGAAGGCAGCAAUCAGAGACCUGACGUCGAACGACGUGGUCUCGGAAGUGUGCGCAGACCUGGUGAGGUGCCCAUUCUCACUCACGAGGAGACUGUACGGCUGCCUGCCAGUUAUCAGCCUCUGGAUCACGCUGGACCUCUACGACCCGGACAGCGACAAGGAACCCUCGAUCCCGAACAACAUAAAGGUGCCGAAGCCCACGGAGUGCGAAAACUGCACAGGCCUGGUACUCAGCAAAACGGGAAUGGUUAAAAUACUGAGCAACAAGUACACGCAGAUGCUGGCGAAAAAAUUGGCGAAGAAGGCAAGAGAGCAGGGAGCAAGUAACCCGAGCAUGGAGAAUUUGCCGCAGCUGGAACCGGAUACCUCUAAGAAGGGACCGAAGGAGGGAAGAGACCAGUACAAGGAGACGAGCCCCGAGGGCGAAGUGACCUCGAAGCUGAGCGAGGAGCACAAGUGGAGCACAGACCGAGGCCUCAACGUCGGAUACGACACGAGCGGAGGAAGCACGAGCUUCGGAGGAAGCAGAAGCUUCAGUGCCAUAAGCGGCACGAGCGUCAGCUCAAACGGCACAACAGAGACGAACAGUAGCAGUAAGACGAACGUCAGCAGCAAGACGAGCAGCGCUAACAGCAGGAUCAGCGGCGGCAACAGCACCAGCUACACGGGCAUAAACGGUACGGACCACAGCGCCGGCGCUGGAAGCGGCACAAGCGCCAAAACAUAUACCAAAGCCGUCACUAACACCAGAGACGCCGUAGGCACUGGAAGCGACAGCGUUGAAAGGGCAAUGUACUCUGACACAGGGAACGAAGGUAUGGAAAGGAGGAAGCAGGCGGACCCUGUUAACGAUGGCGCUGAAAACGCAGAAUCGGACAGACAGGAGGAGCUUAGCGAGGAGAGUACGCUGAGGAAGGAAAUGGAGGAGCUGAGCAGGUCGCUGAACAGCAACCGGGAGGACGCAGUCCUGACGAACCUGGACCAGACGGAGAGCAUGGACAAGACACAAGAAACCAACCUCUUCUCAGCAAUCUUCUCGACGGACGCAGAGUACGACGUCGCACCAGUGCUCAUGGACCUGGAGAGAGCAGAGGAGUGGGUAAAGAGAGUGCAGACGCUCGCAAACUCGAGGUGGAGAGUGACGAAGGAGUUCACAGCCUCAUACACAGUCGACGACGAAUUCUCGCUGCUCACAAUGUCGCCAAACACAAGCGCAAACAAGCCGAACUCGGACUUCAUCCUGCAGCUGGCAGGAGUGAUGAACACAAUCAAGAAGGGCAAGGAGACGCCAAUAGACCCGAACCUGGUGUACAAACUCUACCAGCUCUCGGAGGAGUGCAGCUCGACGACGGAGGGAGCACUGCUGACGGGCUGGUCCUCGUACAUCUUCAACGAACAGAAGUCGCAGGUGGACCUCAUGAUCUCCUCGAACAUGCACAACCCGCGACCCUCAAUAUGCUACUCGAACACCCUGAGGAAGGAGAAGGAGGCACUCCACGCGAGCAUGUGCCCCUUCAACGCGACCUGCCCGAGAGGACUCAGCUGCCCCGGGACCACAGGGCUCCUGAGCAUGUGCCCGCACGGCGGGCCGGCGCUCCUGGGCCCGAGCCUCCAGGGGUACGGGGGCGCAUACGCGGGCGGCAAGCACGGCUUCGCGGGCGCUGCGAGGGCGCCGGCCGGCCACGCCUUCCAAAAGUGCCCCUCGAGCCUCUCCUCCAACUACUCGCGCCUCUUCAACAACAACUCGAUCCUGAGCGACCUGUCGAACUACUACAAGAGGAAGCGCGACGACGACAUCAAGAAGCUGACCGCCUUCAACAAGAUGCAGAAGAGCAACCACGCCUCCGGCGCGCUCAUGCCGAAGCUGGGGCUGCAGGCCGACGUGCACCUGCUCAAGAUGAAGCACCCGGAGCCCGAGAACCCCUUCAUCAACGACCCGUUCGACUUCUGCAAGUUCACAGACAAGCCGCAGCGGAGGAAGUUCAUCUCCUCGCUCCAGUGGGACGACGACGUGGAGCUGUAG